AUGCCUGGAGAUGGUCAACAUCAAAGCGCUUAUCGAUACAGACAUCCUCGUCAUGCAAUUAACUAUGAUGAUUCUGAAAAUAAUGUGAAAUCACCUACACAGAAACAAUAUGAAGAUGAUCUACUAGCUGAAAAUUUGCCAAGAAUCGAUACAACCCGACUGGCGAACGAUCCAUUUCUUGGUACGGUAGCUGGUCGGCUGGCUCAAGAAAUACACGAUGAAUUUUUAGUCUGUAAAAUAUGCUUUGAUAGUUAUACAAAUCCAAAAUGUUUAGCAUGUUUGCAUACAUUCUGUGCAAAAUGUAUUGAAAAGCAUAUAUCAGCUGAAGUCACAUAUAAUAAGUACACAGACUAUCGAGAUUUCACCUGUCCACUAUGCCGUAAGCGUACACAACUUCCAUUAGGUGGUGUCAAACGUCUUCCAGAUAACUUUUUAAUUUCUGGAUUAACUGAUUUAGUGUUAAGACAGAGAGCAUCAUCAAAUGGUUCUUCUACAGCUACAAUCAUUGGUAGUCCAACCACCCAUCGAGUUAACGAUACAACCGACAGAAGACAAGUGACAGGCAAUGUAAAUGAGAGUGAUGAUUCUUUACACCAGUUACCAAAUCUAGAAAGGAAAUCAAUACGUUAUGGUGAAUGUGAGAUAUGCUCACAAGUGAGUCGAACAGAUAGAGGUCAUUCAAGUGAACCAGUAAAUAAAGUUACCUCAUCAGAAAACAUUGGUACUGCCAAUACUACUACUAAUAAUAAUUAUAAUAGUAGUAAUCAACAGCGUGCUAGUUCAGCUAGUUUGAAUAAUAGUUCAUCAAAAGCAACAUCAAAAUGUUUAGAUUGUAAUAAACUUCUAUGCGAUGAAUGUGUUCAACGACAUCGAAAUACAAAAGUGACUAAAGAUCAUGCUACAUUUGAAUUACAGUCACAUAAUGACAUUGAAUGCAAUGAUCAUCCAGGUGAAACUGUACGAUUUUAUUGCGAAGCUUGUUCAACGUGUAUAUGCGUAUUGUGCACAUUUAAUGCUCAUCGUGAACAUGAAGUAACUAGUUUUGGUGAAGCUAUUACAAAAUUACGACAUGAAUUAAGCUGUAAUUUAGAUACAACAUGUCAACGUAUUGGUAAAGUUCAAUCACAACUGCAUGAUGUACGUGAAGCUGCCAAUGUGGUACACAGGAUUGAACAAAGAAUUCAUGAUACUGCAGAACAUUUUAUCGAGGAGAUUCAAAGACAUGAACAAGAAUUGAUCAAUGAACUGCAUCAUUUCAUUGGUGAGCGUAAUAUGCGUCAAAUACAAAAUCAACCAGAUCAAGAACAAUAUAUUGAAAUAGCAGAAAAUUUAUUUAAAGAUAUUGCUAGUUCAUUAGAUAAUCAGGAUAUGGAACUUUUACUGACUAGAACAAGUUUAUAUGAAAAAGUUGCUGAAUUGAACCAGUUGAAUUUAAUUACUGAUAAAUUUAAUCCAAUUACAUCACAGAUAUAUUUUAGACCAGGUGCUGUAAAUUUGGGUUAUCUAACAAGUGAAGCACCUGUGAAGAACAUUGGUGAUGUCGACGGCGACGACGAUGACGAUGACGAUGAUGACGAUGAUGAUGAUGAUGAUGAAGAGAACUAUGAAGAUCUGUCAAUGCCAUUAGAGGACGCACCAUCAUCAAGUAGUUCGGCUACAUCGUCAUCUUUAGAACUAGCUAACAGACCAUGUAUCAACUCGACAGCGUGUCAAACAGAUAUUAGUAUGAAUGAUUUAAAUGAAUCCAAAGACACCUUCAUUCAUAAAUUACAACAAGAUCAGCAUAAUGAGCAAUUAAAACAACCAAAUAAACAGUUUCGUUCACGUGCAUGUAAUACCGAGUUGAUACCGAUGACAAAUCAAGAAACUAAUACUCGUCCACGUGGUAUUCAUACAACUAUCACCUAUUCAGAUAUUUCUUCAAAUACUACAUCUGAAGAAUUUCUAGCUAAACUUGAUACAGAAAAAAUCAAUUUAAAUGAAAUGGAUAAUUUAACUAGAGCUAGAAUACGUCGUAAACUUCACGAACGCUUUAAUACAUUUGAUCAAAUUCCAAAUGGUGCUAAUAGCCAUACUACUAAUGGUAAUUUAAGUACCACAUCUCAUAAAGGAACGCAUUUAUCAUCAAAUGGUACAUCACCAGGUCCUUCAAUUCAAUCAACAAUCAAUAAUUUUAAUCAUCAUGAUAUUCUGCCAAGACGCUUUAGUUCAUAUGAUAAACGUUUUCAUUUUUAA